AUACAUUGGUCCGUUUGCUAUCCGCUCUCUAGUUAGCCGGCGUAGUACGAAGUCUAGUCGGAGACAGACAGGCUCCUGCCCGUGGUCGUGACCCCAGGCUCUCGCAGACGUGACGCUAGCUAGCGCGAAGUGAUCCCGGCGCGAGUGAGAUAUGGCCGUAGCAGCCGCGCAGAAGAACCGCGAGAUGUUCGCCAUCAAGAAGUCCUACAGCAUCGAGAACGGCUACCCGUCCCGCCGCCGCUCCCUGGUAGACGACGCGCGCUUCGAGACGCUGGUCGUCAAGCAGACCAAACAAAGUGUGCUCGAGGAGGCUCGCGCUCGUGCCAAUGACUCUGGCUUGGAAUCAGAUUUUAUCCAAGACACCGCUCCAUUCGGCGAAGACCAACACGAUGAAAACAAAAAUGUUCAAUCUGAAGCAGACGCAGAUGGUACAAUAAAAUCAGACGAAGAUUACACCCUCACUGAAGAGGAGAUCAUUCUACAGAACGCCGCCGGCGAGAGUGCAGAGGCCGAAAAGGCUAUUCAAAAGGCAGCCCUGCUACUUCGUAUGCGCGAAGGCAUGGGCACUCUCUCUCGCAUCCUGAAAGUCAUCGACAACUACAAGGGCUGCGUCGAGCACCUCGAGACUCGCCCCUCGCAGGAGGCCGGCAUUCAGUUCGACGCUCUGGUGAAAGUGAGCAUGUCUCGCAGCAACCUGCUGCAGCUCAUCCGGUCGCUGCGCCAGUCGACGUCCUUCGCGGGUGUCAGCCUGCUCUCCGACAACAUCUCCAACAAGACGCCGUGGUUCCCUCGCCACGCCUCCGACCUGGACAGCUGCAACCACCUCAUGACCAAAUUCGAGCCCGAACUCGACAUGAACCACCCAGGGUUCGCCGACAAGCAAUACAGAGAGCGCAGGAAGGAAAUCGCUGAGAUCGCGUUCGGCUACAAAUACGGCGACCCGAUCCCGUCCAUCGUGUACUUGGAGACGGAGAACUCGACCUGGCAGCGAGUGUUCAACACCGUGCUGGAGCUGAUGCCGAAGCACGCGUGCCGCGAGUACAAGGCGGCGUUCGGCAAGCUGCAGGCGGCCGACAUCUUCGUGCCGCACCGCAUCCCGCAGCUGGAGGACGUCAGCAACUUCCUGCGCAAGCACACCGGCUUCACGCUGCGGCCCGCGGCCGGCCUGCUCACGGCGCGCGACUUCCUCGCCUCGCUGGCCUUCCGCGUGUUCCAGUCCACGCAGUACGUGCGCCACGCCAACUCGCCCUUCCACACGCCUGAACCUGAUUGCAUCCACGAGCUCCUCGGACACAUUCCUCUGCUGGCCGACCCAAGCUUCGCUCAGUUCUCACAAGAAAUUGGUCUUGCAUCUCUUGGUGCUUCAGACUCCGAAAUUGAAAAACUGUCCACGGUGUACUGGUUCACUGUCGAAUUCGGUCUGUGCAAAGAGAACCAACAGUUGAAGGCGUACGGCGCGGCGCUGCUGUCCUCCAUCGGAGAACUCCUGCACGCCCUCAGCGACAAGCCCGAGCUGCGCCCGUUCGAGCCCGCCUCCACGUCCCUCCAACCCUACCAGGACCAAGAGUACCAACCAAUCUACUACGUGGCUGAAAGCUUCGAAGACGCCAAAGAUAAGUUCAGACGCUGGGUGUCGACCAUGUCGCGACCCUUCGAGGUCCGCUUCAACCCGCACACAGAGCGCGUGGAGGUGCUGGACUCGGUGGAGAAGCUCGAGACCCUCAUCUGGCAGCUCAACACGGAGAUGCUGCAUCUCACCAACGCCGUCAACAAGCUGCGGGGCUCGCAGUUCGAGUGAACCCGCUGCGCCCAGUGCGCGGCGACCCUUGUAUAGCUAGUGAUAUUGUAGGUGUAAGAGUGUCGUGUAGACGUGGGACUUGUGUGCGUGUGGAGACCGUCGGAUGGUACUUCGUUGAUUUCCUUUUGUACCUUAUUAUUUAUUGUGCCGAGCUAUUGCCGGGACCCGCCUGCGCGCGGCGCGCCCAUUGCCCGUUUCGGACGCCGCGCCCGGACGCGGUACCCUAACUAUUAUGUUAGUGUUUAAUUUAUAAUUUAAUAAGACACAAACUUUAAAAAAAUAAAUGGAGCACCAAAAAGUAAAAAAAAUCAAACAGAAAAUAUAUGUGUUUUAGUGGAGAA